AUGCUUUCUGCCGGCGAACGUCCUCAGCCCCCGGUCCCCUCAGCCCUCGUGAACUCGUCCAGUGUACCCAUCAUGCCCGACCUUAAGCCCAACGACUCCUCAGCUCCUACUACAAUGUUCUCCCAAAACUCCAAUAAGCCCUCGGAAAUCCAGCAUAUCUGGGUGGUCACCGGCCCCGCUGGAUGCGGAAAGAGUACAGUCGGUCAAGUUCUGCGCAAUGCGCUGUCUUGUCCGUUCCUCGAAGGCGACGAUUACCACUCCAAGUCCAACAAAGACAAGAUGGGCAGCGGCGUUCCCCUCACUGAUGCCGAUCGCUGGGAUUGGCUUAUUUCCCUCCGCCAGGCUGCUAUUGAUGCCCUCUCCCCCGAGUCCGAGAGCUCCCACCCACCCUGCGGUGUUGUUGUCGCUUGCUCCGCCCUGAAGCAGAAAUACCGCGAUGUCAUGCGUGUUGCAGCUUACGGGUCGUCAUCCGUGCAGAUUCACUUCGUAUACCUCAAGCUUUCUGAGGCUGUUCUCAUGGAUCGUGUUAGCCAGCGCAAGUCGCACUAUAUGAAGAGCGACAUGAUUCAAUCGCAACUGGCAGCUCUUGAGGAGCCAAAGGGCGAGUGGGACGCUAUUACGAUCAAUGUGGAAGGGCCACAGGAGCAGGUGCAACAGAGUGUGCUGGAUGCCGUUCGCGAGAAGCUUGCGGAAUACUCGUAA